UGGCGCAGUGCUUGUCGGGAAGGCGGCGCGCGGUGUCGGCUCUCGGCGGCGGCGCCGGGAGCCAUGGUAGGUGGCGAGGCGGCCGCUGCGGUGGAGGAGCUGGUUUCCGGGGUGCGGCAGGCGGCCGACUUCGCCGAGCAGUUCCGGUCUUACUCCGAAAGCGAGAAGCAAUGGAAAGCUCGCAUGGAAUUCAUCCUGCGCCACCUGCCAGACUACCGCGACCCGCCAGACGGCGGCGGCCGCCUGGACCAGCUGCUGUCACUCUCCAUGGUCUGGGCCAAUCACCUCUUCCUGGGCUGCAGUUACAGUAAAGACCUUCUGGACAAGGUGAUGGAAAUGGCUGAUGGAAUCGAAGUGGAAGACUUGCCUCAGUUUACCACCAGAUGUGAAUUAAUGAAAAAGCAUCAGAGCUAAGAUUCACCACAUUUUCGUCAUCAGCAACAGGUCCAGGAAGGAGGCUGGGAAGGAUGUGACCGUGACCACAGCAGCUCUCACAGACCUUGCUGUUACCAGCAUGACCAGGCGGUGGGCAUGACAAGGAAUCUGUCUGGAUCGACUUUUUAAAAGUCUUCAUCCUUCCAGUAGCUGUCACUGUAGAAGCCUGCAGGGAUGUGCAUGUGUUUAUAAAUGCUGCAUUGUAAGAUGACUUAUCAACAUUGUGCAAGCCAGACCUUGUUUAAAUGCUUUCUUUUUAGCCAGGCGUGGUGGUGCACACCUGUGAUCCCAGCACUUGGAGCUGAGGCUGGAAGAGUCCUGUGAGUUCGAGGCCAGCCUGAGCCACAUAGUGAGCCCAAGGCCAGUCUGAACUACAUAGUGAGACCCUGUCUCAAAAAAUAAACACAUAAUAAAAUGCCUUUUUUAAAAAAAA